UACCCCCCACUCAGCCUAUCGUCACUGCGCAGCACAGACUACCUACCCUAGUCUCUGCCCCUCAGCCUCGAGCACCCAGGCCAUCCGGGUUCUCAUAAAUCGCUUUUCUUGGCGCCUGUGCCGAUCUCAAGUCUGAACAUCCCACUCGGGAGUCGGGAGAGGUCUAGGCCCAUCCCCAUCAUCCAUCCUUCUGCCCAUCGCGAUUUUUAUUUAUUCUGCCUCUGUUUGGACUUUUCCGAAUGGAUCAAUCCAUGUCCUACGAGGGCCAUCAGGGCAUGGAAGGCAUCGACCUGGAUGAUGGUAUCAACGCUGGCGCCAACCUGCCGUUGGACGCGCACCACUUCCAGAUGGAUCUGGAUCCCAUGGUUGCCCUCCAGACCCUCAACUGGAACCAGUCUCAAAUGCUGCCUCCGGCCGACUUCAUCAUGCCUUGGAACCCUCACACGCAGUGGUUGCAGCAUCCGUGGGCAGUCUCAUUAGACCAACAGGGAGCCCCUAACGUGGGCAUGCUUGGUCAAGCCUUCACCGGCGGCACUACUUACGACGAUGGUGCCUCCAUGGCCUGCAGCUCUCACUGCGGCGUUAACUGUACAGACCAAUGUGAGGAGACGCCCGAUGCGUCCUGCUGCUUUGACGCUUCCUGCGUCGAUGCGUCCUGCGGUGGUCUCGCGAUGAACCAUUCUGUCUGCUGCUUCGAUGCGGCUUGCGGGAUGCCGGAUCCAUGCCUCGACGACGAGUGCACCGAAGCAGGCGACACAUGCACUGACGCGAACUGCAUGGUGCCGCCCACAGUAUACACGACACCAGCAUCGGCUUCGAUUGAAACACCACCAACAAUCGAAUCUGAUCCCAUGAUCAACCCUGUCACGACCCCUGCUGACGCCAACACGGACUGUAUGAUGCAAUGGCACCCGAAACGCUUCAAGGGCCCGACUCCUGGCUUGAAUAACCCGACUCCUGGCUUGAAUAACUCGACUCCUGGCUUGAAUAACCCGACUCCUGACUUGAACAACCCUACUCCUGGCUCGAACAUCCCGACUCCUGGAUUGGAUGUCCCAAUUCCUGCAUUGAAGGACCAGCCGCAGUCUAUCAGUGCGGACGACCAGUUCUCGUGUCGAUGGGUUGUCGCGAACGGAGACCUAUGCAGCUUCAAGUUCGAAAACCACAAGGACCUGCAGUCUCACUGCAAGGAAGCGCACCUCAAGGACCUGGAGAAGGCGACUGGUGGGUUCAACUGCUCGUGGUACGCUUGCACCAGACGGACUCCGUUCUCGCAGAAGAGCAAACUAGAGAGGCACAUGCAAACACACACAGGAUUCAAACCCGUCGCGUGCAAUAUUUGCGGAAUUCUUCUUUCAGCGAAGCAGUCCCUCGAGCAGCAUAUGCGAACUCAUUCCGGAGAGAAGCCCUGGAAAUGCAAACACCCAGGCUGCACUCAGUCUUUCAAGCAACAGAGUGCGCUCACUAUGCACACCCGCACUCACACAGGAGAGAAGCCGCUGAUGUGUGAAAUCUGCGGCAAGAGGUUUGGUGAAUCAUCCAACCUGUCCAAGCAUCGUCGAACCCACAACGUGAAGGGCGGCCACGUCUGCGACGUCUGUGGCAAGGACUUCCACCGCUUGGACCAGCUUCGCCGCCACAUGAAGACCAAGCAUGAACAAUUAGAAGAAUAGACACAAGAAUACCCCCGAGGGCAUCGUUUCCUUGGGCGAGACGGCCUGGUGUUUCGGCGCAGUGGUUCUUUCUGAAUGGUCUUGUUUUUGAGAUAUUGUUUUCGCGUGGCAUUGGUCGACAAGGGGAAAAGUCGAAACCAUCAUGUCACCUAGGUAGUGAUAGACAUUAAUGAUA